AUGACGUCAUACCAUGACCGACUCUUGUGUCCUGCAGCUUGUGACGUCACCUCCCAGUGGUUCCCUGCAGGCGAUGACCUGUGUCUGGCACUGUCCACGGACCUGGGACAGGUGCCUGUAGCCUGGCCCCAGGCACGCCACGUCUGCUCCACGCUGCAGCCUCGCUCUGACCUAGGCUCGUUUCCUUCUGCUGAACAUGACGACAUCCUGGCCUUCAGAAUGACACCACAUACGUCGUACUGGGUAGGUCUGGCAGCAUUUGAUGGAUCAAUUGUCAAUAUGACCUGGUUAGAUGGGUCAAUAGAAGGUCAAGGGUCAAAGUUUAUUUUAUCUUCGGAGUUAUCUCCCAGCCAAGAUCAGCUGUGUGGUCACGUGACCCUACAGACCUACGCCCUCCAUUACGAGCUGACCUGGACCCUGGACACGUGUGAGCUCCAACUGCCCUACAUCUGCAGCACCCACCCAACCUCCCAUGGCACACCUCACGCAGGGGAGACGACGUCAGGUCACGUGGGUGUCACUGCUGGGAGUCACGGGCAUGUCACAGUCCAGCAGACGUCACCUUCAAGUCAAGCGACGGCCACACCAAGUCAAGUGACGGCCACACCAAGUCAAGUGACGGCCACACCAAGUCAAGUGACGGCCACACCAAGUCAAGUGACGGCCACACCAAGUCAAGUGACGGCCACACCAAGUCAAGUGACGGCCACACCAAGUCAAGUGACGGCCACACCAAGUCAAGUGACUGCCACACCAAGUCAAGUGACUGCCACACCAAGUCAAGCGACGGCCACACCAAGUCAAGCGACGGCCACACCAAGUCAAGUGACUGACACGUCAAGUCACGUGACUGCCACACCAAGUCAAGCGACGGCCACACCAAGUCAAGUCCGACAGUGA